AUGUUUAACAAGAUGCCUGAAUCAAAGGCGAAAGCUGAUAUUUGCCCUGAGAGUAACUCUAUCAAAGAACAACAAAGUUCGGAAGCUGAAAAACAAAGUCGCCGACGUUAUGAUAUGAAGAAUGAGACAAACCAAACUAUCAAUGGCAUUACCGGUCCACAUAGCUCCAAAAUCGCAAAUAAGCUUGAUCCUCGGGUUGAUUCCAACGAAGGCACCACCACUGGCCAUCGAGACUCAAAGAAUCGUAUGCCUGGAUGGAUGGUAGCAUGA